AUGUCAGCGAGAGGGGACCAGGAAAGAAAGGUGGACGGUGAUCAACUUUUGAGAGACAAAUAUAAUCGGAGAAGGGUUACAUUUGACCUAAACCAAGAGAAAUUUCUCCACCCUUCAGUGCUGGUGACUUAUGAGGUCCCGGUGGCCUUGAAUGCCAUUACUAACGGUGAACCUGACUCCUCAGACUCACAGAACAAGUCCCUGUCGAAAAAGCGCCUAGAGACCCAGUCAACCAUGUAUGACCAGACAAAAAGGUUUUUCGUUCCGAAAGAUUUGACUUGGGAGCAGGCACUUUCUAUCGCCGAGGAGGUCGGACGUGUAAUGCGGGUAGCUGCACAGCAACGGCAACCGGAGUAUCUCGAGGGCAUCGACAAGACUCGGGAGAUUAUGGAAGAAUGCGCAAGCUGGUAUGUUCUGCCACGGGCAAGGCUGGGGCCAGGAAGUAAUUCAAAUUCGAUUGAUUAUCGCAUGCUCGAACAGCCACGCCUUGCUGAUGGCGUUGAGCCCCCUGAGGCGUGGUCUCUUAAUCCACCUGACUUUAUUCCGGAUGCUGGGUAUGAAGAGCUUACCCCUGAUGAUAACUGGAGGCUCAAGAGAAUCGGAACGCCAAAGUUUCUCUCGCAAUGGGAUGCCUACACCGAAUCCCCUGCAAUUUACCCUUUACUUGACACGAGAAGGAUGAUGAGCCUGGUAACAACCAAACCGCCAGGCUACAUAUGUGAAUCAAUGAGAUUUCCAACUCGAGUCAGCAAUCCACAAGCUUAUGAGCAGCCUGAAUUCGAAGCAUUCUGGGAUAUUACCUCCGAAGAUUUGAGUUGCCUCCAAAGAGAAGGGUAUGCCAGGAUGUUAGAAUGGUUGGAUCAAGUGCCUGCGCGUUGUCAGAUUGUCGACAUUUUUCACGUCGCGUUCUUUGAUGGGUCUGCUGUGCCAGAUGGCGGGCUGUCGAUGAUGAUCAUGAAUGAGAAGCACCUGCCAACUCCGCGUGACAUGUGUCAUGAAAAAACAAAUUUGCACUGGCAUGAGACGUCUGAGAGUCUAUCAUAUAAUAUGCGCUUGCACUGGAGAAAGACCAGAGAGAACAAAGCAGCCAUCAAAGCAAUCCAACAGGCAAGAAAGCUCGGGUUGCCUUCUCCCAUCACGAUGCCUGUUCUAGAAAGCCCCCAGGUGAUGCAAGAGAAUCGCCCUUGUGUUGUUUACCUGCGGCCUGCUGAACUCGAUGAUGCGAGCGGUAUCCUCUCCAUCUUCAACUGGUAUGCGGCUAGGUCACCUCUGAGCUCAGACGCCAAUCCUACCAGUGUAGAAGGCAUACGGGCCAUAAUCCAGACCAUUCGCACUCAAAACCUGCCCAUGAUUGUCGUUGCCGACCCCCGGCCUGAGCCUGUUGUGGGCAAGGACUGGUUGGUGGCACCGGAGAAGGAGAGAAUCAUGGGCUUCGCAUAUGUCACGCUCCUGUCAGCCAGCGAUGCGGACGUGUUCACAGGUGAUCUAUAUAUAUUCGUGCGGCCGGAAGAGAAGCGCAAUGGAUAUGGGGAAGCUCUGGUUGAUCAGAUCCUGGCAGCAGUGGACAGAAACUAUAUCCGGCAGACAACCAUGCUGUUCCGACCGAAGCCAUCCCAUGUUCCUGACCCAAACCCACGUACUCUCACGGCAAUCACAUGCAGAAUCACCUACCCAGCCUCAUCCAUAGGCAAAUACACUUGGAUCGCGGGGUGGAUGAAGAACAAUUUCGGCUUCAAGGAAUGGGGCGUGUUGGAGGGUAGUCGGGUCAAGUUUGGUCAUCUGUAA